AUGGCCACCCCAACUCCCAUUCUGGACCAAUUUCUGGGUGGUGUGGCCGAGCUGGUCCAGAAUCGCGAUGGCGCCAAGCUGCAGGACUUUCUCCAGAUCGAGCCUCCGCUCUCGGAGAACUACUUGCGCAUGAUCCAGGAGCUCCGAGGAGGAUAUCCUGCGGGUGGCCCGCAGAGCGACGCGGGCCUGUUACAGCGAUGUGAGGCGUUGGUCCCGCGCACCAAGGGUGGUUCGUCGUGGACAGCCUUUCCAACCUUCAUGAAGCUCUAUUUUACUUUCUUGCGCGAUGUCAAUACCGACAAUCUCCUCGACACAUACAAUCAGCUCAAGGGAUUGCUGAAUCAAUGCGUUUUAGCCCUCGGAGACAGCCAGAUGGGUGUCGUCGUCCUCCCUACCGUCCUCUAUCUGUCCAAAGUGCUGGCUAAACUAGCAAUGGGGUUAGACCGCCGGCCGGAACUAAUCGCACAUAUAUUGCGCAUGGAAGGGGGUGCAGACAAUGACGAUAGCAUCGAGAAAGUGACAUUGGUGGAACAGUCGGCAAACGUGGUGCGCGAAGCCUUCAUCAAAUGUUUGACGGAUCGCACCGGCACUGCCGGCACGCAUGGAAAGCCCGAGGGCAAGCGUGUGGGAAUCUAUCUCAUGGCCAAUCUGUGCCUUAAGCUCUUGUUCCAGUGCGGCAAGUUGCGCAAUGCCGAACAGAUGUUUGCCAGCAUCAGUGCCCAAUCUCCUCCUUUAGCCCAUUUUCCUGCCGCGCAGCGGGUCACAUAUCUCUACUACCUUGGCCGUUAUCUAUUCUCGAACAACCUUUUUUAUCCCGCCCUCAUCGCCCUACAGGCUGCCUAUGACCAAUGCCAUCGUCAAGCGCUCAGUCAACGACAAUUGAUUCUCACCUAUCUGAUCCCGUGUAAUAUCAUCAUGGGACGCUUCCCAUCUGGAGAACUUCUACAACGGCCCGAGGCAAAUGGCUUGGUGGAGAAAUUUGAACCCUUGUGCCGACUAAUUGUUCGUGGAGACUACAUUGCGUUUCGAGAACAUCUCUCCCCCAACUCGCCCGCUGCUGAGUGGUUUUCCCGCAAGGGUAUCUUGCUGACCCUCCGCAACCGAUGUGAAAUUAUGGUAUGGCGAUCAUUCUGCCGGAAGGUGUUUAUUCACGGUGGAUUCCAUGGGGACCCGCAGGCGCAGGCGCAGCGUGGACCCCCGCCUUACCUCUACCUUCAGAAGUUGGCUGUGGCCACUCGAUGGCUUCAGUCACAGCACCAGCAGACGAAGCUGACGACCUAUGUCAAUCACGCGACACCGAAUUUCCAUUUCUAUGGGUCUCAGAUCAUUUCGGAGUCAACCGAUCCUGAUUUCGUCGGUCUCGGAAGCCCCGAUACCCCGACUGCCCGGCAACUGUUAGAGAAAUAUGGCGAUUAUCUCGCACCUGACGGAUUUUUCGACGAAGGAGGCAACUGGCAGCACAAUGUGCCUGGUCAGUUGAUUGGGGGCAACCCAGGUGCGGAUUAUGAUGGGUUCGAAUUGGAUCCCUAUGCCGAUGCCACUGAGGAUGGCCCAGAAGCAAACAAGCAGUCGCUCCUCAUGGAUGAGAUUGAAUCCAUUCUCGCCUCUCUUCUCACACAGGGAUUGAUGCGCGGCUACCUGACCCAUCGCAACCCCCGUUUUGCCAUCCCUGGGGCUCGACUCCGAGGGGCUUUGCCGACAGGAUUCCCCAAUAUCUGGGAAACGAUCUCCACCCGUGAAAAGGAAGAUCCAAGUGUCCCUGGGUGGGUUCGGCCUCCGCCGACCACCUUUGGGGCUCCUGCCCUCGGCGGCAGUGGUGGGCGAGUGGUUAAUCUGUCAGGUGCGCGACCGGUUGGCGUGCAGUGA